AUGGCUCUAGGUCUUUUCCGUAGUUAUGCUCUCUCUCCCCACUCACUUUUAUUUCUUCACUCUGUUAACCAAAAAGCAUCUACCUUUGUCUCUUUUCUUCCUUUUCUUCCUUUUAUCAUAUGUAUAUCAUAACUCCCGGGGCGCUGCACAAGUGCGUUGUAUAUACGGACAGGCAUAUGGAAUGAGACCGAGCACCUAGAGCGGUGACUGCCAUUACUCUGA